AUGUUCGGAGCAUCCACAAUUGCCAGAAUUGUCUCAAAAGGGUCUUUGCGGUUUUAUUCUACGGCAUCCCCUAAAAUAUUGAGGACUCCACUUUACAACUCACAUGUCAAACUUGGGGGAAAAAUGGUCCCUUUUGCCGGCUACUCAAUGCCGGUUAUAUACUCAGGUCAGUCGCACAUCGAAUCCCACAAGUGGACAAGAACGCAUUGUGGUGUUUUUGAUGUUUCUCAUAUGCUCCAGCACAGGAUUGUUGGUUCAAAGGCAGCGGAUUUUCUACAGACACUAUGUCCAACAGAUUUUAAGGCUUUGAACAAAUUUCAAUUCCACUUGAGUGUUAUCCUUAACCACGAAGGUGGAAUUGUCGAUGACUGCAUAGUGACAAAACAUGCCGAUGAUUCAUUCUACAUGGUUACAAAUGCCGCUUGCAGAGCCAAGGAUGUUGGCUUUAUCGCCUCUGAAUUGGAAAAGUACGGUGGAAGAUCAGAUGUUAAGCAUGAGACUUUUGAGGGAGUUCUUCUCGCAAUUCAAGGUCCCGAAGCCCGCAAUGUGAUGGCAAAAUACACACGCUCAAAUCUAAAUGAUCUCUACUUUGGAAACACCCGGUUUAUCGAUCUAAAAGGAUUUGGUACCGAUGAAAAGUUCCACAUUGCUAGAAGUGGAUACACUGGUGAAGAUGGAUUUGAGAUUUCGAUUCCAAACAAACCUGAAGUGAAGCCAAUUGGAUUGGGUGCCAGAGAUUCGUUGAGACUUGAAGCUGGGAUGUGCUUGUAUGGAUCAGAAUUGACUGAUGCCACUACACCUGUUGAUGGAUCCUUGUCAUGGCUUGUUUCAAAGUCCAGAAGAAUUCCUGAUGCCACGUUCAAUGGUGCAGCCAAGAUUCUUUCACAGAUUGCACAUCCAAAGACUGUCAAGGCAAAGAGAGUCGGAUUGCAGUCAUCUGGUCCUUCUCCAAGACAUGGGAACAAGAUAUUUUCUGUUGCUGAGCCUAGUAAGCAGAUUGGUGAGGUUACAUCUGGAUCUUUUGCCCCAUCUCUUGGGCAUAAUGUGGCUCAAGCAUACAUUCAAAAGCCAUAUCAUAAGAAAGACACUGAAGUUCUUAUCCAGAUUAGAGGUAAAUUGAGAAGUGCCAAGGUGACUAAAAUGCCAUUUAUCGAGGAUCAUUACUAUCGUGAAGGUUAA